UUCUCUUCCCCUUUCCGUCCCCGAAUCCACUCCCCGCAGCUCAGCUCAGCUCAGGACCACGAGUACGACGACAGCUUCUUUCCUUCCGUCCACAUCGGGGAGCCAUGUCCGGCGAGCCGCGCGAGGAGGAGGAGAACGCCGCCGAGCUCAAGAUCGGCGAAGAGUUCCUCAAGGCCAAGUGCCUGAUGAACUGCGAGGUGGCGAUCAUCCUGGAGCACAAGUACGAGCAGCUGCAGCACAUGUCGUCGGACGGCGGGGCGGACCAGGUCUCGCAGGUCUUCGAGAAGUCGCAGGGCUACGUCAAGCGCUUCAGCCGCUACAAGAACCCCGACGCCGUGCGCCAGGUGCGCGAGACGCUCUCGCGCUACAGCCUGCACGAGUUCGAGCUCUGCACGCUCGGCAACCUCUGCCCCGACACCGCCGACGAGGCCAGGGCGCUCGUGCCGUCGCUCGUCCCCGGGGGAAGGUUCCAGGGCGACGACAGGAUCGACAAGAUGCUCAACGACCUAUCGCUCAUCAAGAAGUUCGAGUAGCCCCCUGGUUCCUU